CCGACUGAGCUCUGAACAGCUCUGAGCACGGCACAUGCCGAGGGAACGGCUACUCUAUAUAACAGCAGCAGAAUGAGGGGCAGAACUUUUGUCAUGCCUAACCUGAAUAACCACGAUGACCCGAUACCUCUUGAAGAGCUAGAGAACGAGACUGAAAACGACACAGAAGUUGGAUCAGGAUCCGUCCGUCAGGCAAAUUCGUCCCUAAAUAGACAGCGGACGGUAUCGGCAGCCACGCAAAGAUACCUCACCAGCCCCUGGCUGACACGUUUUGUGCCUUCAGUCUACUUGCUAGUGGUUGUGCUGAGCCUCCCCCUGAACAUCACAGCAAUCCUCGUGUUUUUGCGCAAAGUGAAGCUCGAGAAGCCGGCUGUGAUAUACAUGCUCAAUUUGGCCACCGCCGACGUGCUCUUCGUGAGCGUGCUGCCCUUCAAGAUCGCCUACCACUUCUCCGGUAACGACUGGGCGUUUGGGCCCGGCCUGUGCCGUUUCGUCACCGCCGCCUUCUACUGCAACAUGUACUGCUCCGUCCUGCUCAUGACGAGCAUCAGCGUGGAUCGCUUCCUGGCCGUGGUCUAUCCCAUCCGCUCCCUGGCGUGGCGCUCGCUGCCGCGCGCCGCCGCCGCUUGCCUCCUCGUCUGGCUGCUGGCCAUAGCCGGCGUCCUGCCUUUUCUCCUCCGGGAGCAAACGAUGGAAAUCCCCCACCUAAAUAUAACCACCUGCCACGAUGUGCUAAAUGAGUCCGAACUUCACGGCUACUACGUUCAUUUCUUCUCCGUUUUCUCUUCUGUUUUCUUCGUGGGACCGUUUAUUAUUUCUAGCGUCUGCUACCUGUGUAUCAUUCGGUGCCUUAGUUCUUCUGGCAUUGUUGCAAAAGAAAGUAAGAAGAAACGUGCCUUGCUCUUGUGUAUAGCUGUCUUUUCUGUUUUCAUUAUUUGUUUCGGACCAACAAAUGUCCUCCUAUUAAUUCAUUAUGUGCAUUUUUCUUACGACAACAGUUUAGAGUAUCUCUACUUUGCCUACCUACUCUGUGUUUGUAUCAGCAGCUUUAGUUGUUGCAUCGAUCCCUUUGUUUACUAUUAUGCCUCUUCUCAGUAUCAGAGGCAACUUGUCAGUCUCUUUGGCUGUAAAGAGUCUUUUGAUCCCAACAGUACUAACAGCAGUGGCCAGUUGAUGUCAACCACUAGUAGAAGAGGUACCUGUUCCAGUAAUGUAAAUAACAGUGUCUACAAGAAAUUGCUAGCAAUACAUUGAGUUUCUUACACUUGCUUAAUUUGGGGGGGCAAUUUCAGGGGGGAAAAAAAAAAAAGUAUUAUAUCCAAGAAAUGCAAAGCCUUAGGUCAAUUUUUGUAGAAUACAUAGUUUUAUGGAUUCAUUAUAGUAAUACAUAUUUCAGCAGAGUAUGUGUGUGUAUAGUGUAUGUAUAUAAG